GCAAGCUGCGCCCCCUUGUCCUCAUGGUCGCCUACAGCCUUUCCAUCGGAUCUUUGAUCUCCAUGACCAUGGGCUAUUACAAGCUUAUAGCCAAGCACAAUCAAGGCGGACGGAGUAUAUCGUGGUCGAUCAAGUUUCUUCCAGCCUGCUUCAAUAUGAUCCUGGGCUUGGUCGCCCUCGGAGUCAACGAGUCGAUCUAUCCCCAAGCCCCAUCUGUCAGCUUUGUCAACAGCCUGAGUUACUACACGUCCUGUCAGUCUGGAAGCUGGAUCAACCCCACGUUUGCAUUCCUGGCUGGAUUUUACAUGAUUUCGGCUUUGGUAGCGUUCUUCACGAUGGCGCGUCUCGCAAAGCAUCCCAAUUUCCAAAUGGAACACCAAAUGGUUUUGCUGUCAAUCGGUCAAAUGGCAAUUUUAUCGGCCUUGUUAGUGCCACCUCUCUUCAGCAGCCAGUUCUUCAAUGUCCAGUCCUACAUCCGACCAACGGCCUUGCUGGUGAUCCCAACGACGACACUCGUCCCUAUAUUCUUCAGCAUGUUCUGGCGCGAGAACAGCCUGUCCGGGAAGGAAGAGACGACCAUCUCGGCCGUGGAAAAAUGCUCCCCUUCCAAUUCAUUGCACGGAACCGUCUACACCCACGUUGAUAUCGAGUGCUUGGCACCGGUCAGGGACAGGCUCACAAUCAAAAAGGGUCGGCUGGUGAUCUUUGGCGUGGAUCAGUUCCUGAUACUUGGGAAGGAGGGAAGAGGCGACAGCGAGAAGCAGCCCCGGCUCGAGACAUUCCGUGGAAUGUUUGCAGAAUACGAACCGGAGAGCAAUCUCGUAUCACUCACAAGUGGAAACCGCUUAUACGAUGUUGUUUUUAAGAGCCCGGAUGUAGCUGCAGCAUUCUACGAUGCGUGCUUUGUUAGUAUGGAGUUUCGAAAUGCCGGAGUGUCCACUCAUGGUCGAACAUUGCACUAGGAACAGUGGCAUGCGGCUCGUCCAGAAAACAUUCGUCUGGAGUAUUUGGUCCACGAAUCGUGUCGGCUUCAGAGGAUCCGAUCGAUGGGUUUCGAUUGCCCAGCCAUCUUGGUAGUGAUUUCGUUAGUUUUGAGCAGCAAGUUGUUUGGGCAGUACGAUCUUGAAUGCACAAUGAAUGCUCGUGCGCACUGACGAUCGAGUGAGUUACAGGGUUUCCAGAAUGAAAUGGG